AUGUGGGGAUGUUCAGAGAAAAUGAAGGACGCCAGUACAGCUACACAGAAAAGCAACGCUACGAUGGAUGGUUCAACAACCUCGCGCAUCCAGACUGGGGAUCAGUCGAUACAUUGUGUUGAGACAUUUCUUCUGGUUGAUAUGAUCAGAUCGCGCAAAGAGAAGAAACGUUCUUUUUAG